AGUGCACUGGGGCUAUGGCGGCCUUGCGGCCCGGAAGCGAAACGAUUCGCCUGCAUCUCUGCCGUUCUUUCUCCGGCGGCGUUGGUCGGCUGGCCCGUGAACGCGGGACGGAGCGCAGGGAUGCUGCGUCCAGCCGGGUCUCAAGAUUCUGCCCUCCAAGACAGUCUUGCCAUGAUUGGAUAGGACCUCCAGAUAAACACUCAAACCUUCGUCCGGUACAUUUUCAUAUUCCUGAAAACGAGUCCCCCUUGGAACAAAGGCUUAGAGAAUUGAGACAAGAAACACAAGAAUGGAAUCAGCAGUUCUGGGCGAACCAGAAUUUGACCUUUAAUAAGGAAAAAGAAGAAUUCAUUUAUUCAAGACUUCAAGCUAAAGGCUCAGGCCUGCGAACCAAGUCAGGCCAAAGAACAGCGUUGGACGCAGAGGAAAUGGCUGACUUUUAUAAGGAGUUUCUGAGUAAGAAUUUCCAGAAGCACAUGAGUUACAACCGAGACUGGUACAAGCGUAAUUUUGCCAUCACGUUCUUCAUGGGGAAAGUGGCCCUGGAGAAGAUGUGGAACAAGCUGAGACAGAAGCCAAAGAAGACGAGCACUUAGGAGCCAACCUGGACCUGACCCCAGCAUCUAUUUAUAAGCUGUGGAAGCCGUGUGUGAGCACAAGUCUCACACUUGACCCAUGUGCAGGCCUUUGCUGGCUGCGUCCCCAGCUGGCUUGUUCUUGUCGGUAUGCUGUGUGUUUAUUGUCUG